AUCAUUCACUGUAAAUCUUGUGACUUUGUGAUCACCAGGUGGACCGGGACCCGGGGCCCGCAAGCCCCACGCCGCCACUAACAGGAGGCGAAGAAAAGUUUUUUUUUCCGCCUUCCGGAGGGUGGUGAAUGUACCCAUGGGCGGGUUUAGGGGAAAGAGGGACAGCCAGAAGAUCAUUAUUUGAGCGGAGGGAGGAGAAAAGAAAACGCAGAAGUUAAUUCUAAAAGUGUUUAAAGGAUCAAUCUAUCGGAAAAUACCUGAACCGGGAGUCGAAGGGGGCGGCCCAAGACAGAAGCUGGGGCGCUGAUGAUACCAACACGGGUUACAGGAAAGUAUGACCUAGAUCAGAACUAUGGUGCCAAGUCUCCUUGGCUGAUUCUCCACAUCUCUCUAGAUUUCCCGUCGCUGCCUCUCCGGGUGACUCCUCUUGGAUGCUUAUGGAGCCAGUUGCGUCUCUGUAUUUUUCCCUGCCAGGCUUCCUUCUCUUCUUCCACCUCCUCAGCUCCUUUGCACCGGUCUCAGUCCAGUUUACUGUCCUGGGACCAGCUGAUCCAAUCCUGACCAUGGUGGGAGAAGACGCCACGUUACGCUGCCACCUGUCACCUGAGAAAAACGCUGAGGACAUGGAGGUGCGGUGGUUCCGGACACAGUUUUCCCCUGCGGUGUUCGUGUACAAGGGCAGGCGGGAGAGAACAGAGGAGCAGAUGGAGGAAUACCGGGGAAGAACAACUUUUGUGAGCGAAGCUAUCAGCAAGGGGAGCGUGGGGCUGAUCAUACACAACGUCACCGCCCACGAAAAUGGGAUCUACCGCUGUUAUUUCCAAGAAGGCAGAUCUUACGACGAGGCCAUCGUGCUCCUGACAGUGGCAGGCCUGGGCUCGAAACCUGUUAUUGAAAUGAAGGGCCACGAGGAUGGAGGCAUCCGGCUGGAAUGUACAUCUGCAGGGUGGUACCCAAAGCCCCAUGCUGUGUGGAGGGACCCUCAUGGUGAGACCAUGCCCCCCCUGGAAGAGGCUUACACUGUGAGUGCAGAUGGGCUUUUCCUGGUCACCAUGGCUGUGAUCAUCAGGGACCAUUCAGUGAGGAACAUGUCCUGCUCUGUCAACAACACCCUGCUCAACCAGGAGAAGGAAACUGUAAUUUUCAUUCCAGAAUCCUUUAUUCCCAGAACAUCUCCCUGGAUGGUGGCCCUGGCUGUCAUCCUGCCCUCUCUGCUUCUCCUCAUUGCUGGGAGCGUCUAUCUCAUCAAGAAACUCCAGCUGGAAAAAAAGAUUCUGUCCAUGCAAAAAGAGGCUGAAAAUGAAGAGAAAGAAAUUGCACAUAAGGAACUGAAGAAAGAACGUGAGGAAAAAGAGAAAGAACUCCAAACAAAAGAGCAACUUCAAGAAGAAUUGCGAUGGAGAAGAAGCCUCUUACAUGCGGCUGAUGUGGUCCUGGACCCAGACACCUCUCAUCCCGAGCUCUUCCUGUCAGAGGACCGGAGAAGUGUGAGAAGGGGCCCUUCCAGGCAGAGCGUGCCUGACAACCCGGAGAGAUUCGACUGUCGGCCUUGUGUCCUGGGCCUGGAGAGCUACUCCUCAGGGAGACAUUACUGGGAGGUAGAAGUCAAAAACGUGAUGGUGUGGGCUGUAGGGGUUUGUAGAGACAAUGUUGAGAGGAAAGGGGAGGCCCUCCUGGUUCCUCAGAAUGGCUUCUGGACCCUGGAGAUGUUUGAGAACCAAUACCGUGCCCUCUCCUCUCCAGAGAAGAUUCUCCCCCUGAAAGAGCACCUUCACCGGGUGGGCGUCUUCCUGGACUACGAAGCUGGAGAUGUGUCCUUCUAUAACAUGAUGAACAGGUCACACAUCUACACAUGUCCACGUUCACCCUUCUCUGGGCCCCUGAGGCCCUUCUUCAGGCUGGGUUCCGAUGACAGCGCCCUCUUUAUCUGUCCAUCGUUUAGAGGGGCCCAAGGGGUCACAGUGCCUGAGGGGGGCCUGGUCCUUCACAGGGCAGAGACCCACCACAACCGCCAAUUCCCUGGUCUCACAGCCAGGUAGGGAAACUCAGGCCACCUCUACGACAGCACCGCCUGGAAGAAUACCACCCUCCUUCCUUCUGGUCACAGGAGAAUCUCCCCCAGGGUUCCCCUAGACAUGUCUUCAAGCCCCAGAGCAUGUGUCUCCCUCAUUAGGCUAUUGCUUUAGUAGCUUGUUGCAUGUAACCAUGGGGCAGGGGCCGGUCUCAGGCUCACUAAGUACUGCCACAUGGCUCCCAACCAACAAGUAAGUGUGAGAAAGUAACAGCAGAGAACCAGCUGCUUUAACAUUGGAUGACGCAUUCAGCCCGAGACUGGAAUUGACAUCAGGUAUUGUGGAUCUGGGGAUUCCCUAAUAGCUCAGUUGGUAAAGAAUCCACCCGCAAUGAGGGAGACCUGGGUUUGAUCCUGGGGUUGGGAAAAUCCCCUGGAGAAGGGAAAGGCUACCCACUGCAGUAUUCUUGGACUUCC